ACUGCAAGUCUGCAAAAUGACCAGAUGAGAUGAUCAUCUGAUCUUGUCACGGUAAUCGCUAUGACUUUCGUUAUCGUUGGACUUCGGCAUGAGAUAAGUGUUCAUGCCUAGCGACUGGAUGCCACUUCUGGUAGUUCGUCCGGGCCAAAGGCUGGCUAUGAAUUGUCUGGUGGGCUGUGGUGAAACGUUCAUCAGAUUGUAGACUUCCCUUAGUAGGCCUACCCUGACCGGUACCCUGAAUGACAUCACGCGCUCCAGCGUAGGACAGCCCGGCCUCUAGACCUCCUGACUUGAGGUUACGAUCGGAUUCAAACUGUCAACAGAUUACUUAUAGCAAAAGGGUUUUCAAGAAAGGCUGCUAGAGCAAUUUCAGAAUUUAGACUUGAAUCCUCUUCAGCAGUCUACCAAGUGGCCAAACUUCUGCACAUGGUGCAAUCAAAAAGAAAUUGCAGCUGACCACGUAGACUAAAAAAAAGUUCUAAUGAUGGAUGAAGCACUCUAUGCUCACUUGCUGCUGUUCAUAUCUACAGCUGUUUUAGGCCUAGGGAUAGGAACCAUUCUUUCCAAAUUCCACUUGCCCUACAUAUGGGCUCAUCCGGUUGACAGGAAAAGUAAACGUCAUGGAGGUGAAUUAGUAGCAGAAGUUCUUCAUGCUCAUGGUGUAAAGUAUAUAUUUACAUUACCUGGAGGCCACAUUUCUCCUAUUAUCGUGGCAUCAGAAAAGCUUGGAAUAAGGAUUGUAGACACUCGCCAUGAGGUGGCAGCAGUAUUUGCAGCAGAUGCUGUAGCCCGUAUGUCUGGCACAGUUGGUGUUGCUGCAGUAACUGCUGGUCCUGGGCUUACCAACACUGUUACAGCAGUCAAGAAUGCUCAGAUGGCUGAAAGUCCUGUUCUUUUAAUAGGUGGAGCUGCUGCCUCAAUCUUGAAGGGCCGUGGAGCUUUGCAGGAUAUUGAUCAAAUUUCCUUGUUUAAACCUCUCUGCAAAUUCUACGCUACUGUAACCUGUGUAAGGGAUAUUAUUCCUACUGUUCAGAAAGCUCUGAAAGAAGCUCAAUCAGGAACACCAGGUCCUGUCUUCAUUGAAUUCCCCAUUGAUGUUCUUUACCCAUAUGAGACUGUAGCCAAGGAAAUUGGAGCAUCUAGUGGAGGGAAGUCACUGCUUCAGAGAAUCAUUAGUUGGUACCUUGAUAACUAUAUCUGUAACUUAUUUGCUGGUGCUUGGGAGCCUAGAGACACUAAACCUCUUAAAUUGAGCAUACCAUUUGCUACUAGUGACACAGUUGACCAGUGUGCUCAGAUUAUUUCAAAAGCAAAAAAGCCAGUGUUUAUUUUGGGUAGCCAGUCAACCCUGCCACCUACACCUGUGGAUGAUUUAAGGAGGUCAUUAGAGAGACUUGGUAUACCAUGCUUCCUUGGAGGAAUGUCACGAGGUCUCCUAGGACAGAAAAGUGCUAUACAGAUGAGGCAGUGUAGAAAAGAUGCUCUCAAAGAAGCAGAUGUCAUUAUCCUCGCUGGUGCUGUUUGUGAUUUUAGAUUGGGCUAUGGGCGAAGUUUGGGACGUAAAGCUAAAAUAAUUGCUGUAAAUCGUAAUAAAGAACAGCUGUACAAGAAUGCCGAUAUGUUUUGGAAGCCAACUGUAGCUGUUUUAGGAGAUGUAGGAACUUUUGUGCGAGACGUGGCUGCUCAUCUAAUCGGCUACAAGUGUGAUCCCGAAUGGGUUACAACUCUGAGAGAGAGAGAUGAAGCAAAGGAAGCUACUAAUGAGAAAAUGGCUGAAGAAAUACCAGAGAAGCAUUUAAAUCCUAUGAAAGUUUUUAUGGAACUCGAAAAACUUUUGCCGGAUGAUGCUGUUCUUGUUGCUGAUGGUGGAGACUUUGUUGCUACUGCUGCUUAUAUACUCAGGCCCAGAGGUCCUCUGACUUGGUUGGAUCCAGGAGCUUUUGGUACCUUGGGAGUUGGUGGUGGCUUUGCUCUUGGGGCAAAGCUGUGUCGACCAGAUUCAGAGGUCUGGAUCAUAUAUGGUGAUGGAUCACUUGGCUUCUUAUCCGAGUUUGACACAUAUACCCGCCAUAAGACUCCAGUUAUAGCCUUUGUUGGGAAUGAUGCUGGUUGGACUCAGAUUGCACGAGAACAAGUCCCUAUGUUUGGCGCAAGUGUAGCAUGUGAUUUGGCAUACUGUGACUAUCACAAAGCUGUUGAAGGGUUAGGAGCUCGUGGCGUACUAAUUGGACAAGAUGAUGAUUUACCCGAAAAGAUAAAGGAAGUGCAGAAGAUAUACAAAGAAGAGGAACUUUCAGUUCUGGCUAAUGUUUUGAUUGGGAAGUCUAAAUUUAGAGAGGGUAGCAUAUCUGUUUAGUAAUGUCAUGUCAAUGGCUUUGAUUUUUGGUUAGUAAUUUCAAGAUUAUAAGUAAGUAAUAAUAUAUGUAUAGAAUAUUUGAAGAAAUCAAGAGCUGUAUUUUUGCAUGGCAAUAAUUUGGCUGAUAUUAUGUACAUAUGGUGAAAGUAAUACAUAAAAUUAAUAGUAUGCAUAGUUAAUGUUUAUACUUGAUAGAAAAUUAUGUUGUGUAGAUUAUGGUUAUGAAUAUAUGCACAAAUAUAUAUAAAAGAAAAUUUUAGAUUCAUAAUACAUACAGGCAUUGAUAGUAUUAUGGUGAUGAAAGAAAGAUUUCUAAAUUUGAGAUAUCUUGUAAUAUGAAAGGAAUCCUGUCUAAGAUAUUCAGGGAAUAGUAGCAAAUAAUGUGCAAACAUCAAUUGUGUUUCAGUUCAUUUUUAAUGGUUUGAAAGGACUGCAUAAUAUUGUUGUUCUUGUGAAGGUGAUGACUUUUUUUUUAUUUUCUUGUACAUGUUUAUAAGUUUAAUUAAAUUUUCUCCUCAUAAAUUUGAUUUUGAGGUGGCUUGGUUGCAUUACUUUGCCUGUUUUAGUCCAUUCUUGUUUUGGUGAUUGUUUAUGCUAUCAUAUAUUCUUUCUAAUAUCACUACACAGUAAUAAUUUUCAGUGUUUUAGUGUAUAAAGCUUUGGUGUGAUUUUCUUCAACUUCUUACAUCAAAAUGAUAAAAUUAUUACCAUGAAUUAAUGGCCUACACCAAGAUGGUGCUAUAAACUGUUGUAUCUAAAGUAUGUGUAAGUGAAGGCAUUUAACAUAUGUGAAAACAUGCAGGAAGUGAAGCUUACUUUUUGAUGUAAUAGUGUAAAGUUAUUAGCAUAGUGUGUUUGAAUGACUGUGGAAUUUAUACUAUUAGUAUAGGAGAAUGUCUGUUGUAUGAUUAAUAAUUAGUUAUUGAAAUUUUCAUUACACUACUAAUUUCUCAAGUGAGGAAUAUAAGGCAGGCAGCUUGAAGAUACAAUACAAUUCUAAAAUAAGAGAAUACAAGUAGGAAGGGAUUUUAUUGUUUCUUUUUUAUCUAAGAGAGAGUUUUUGGUAAACUUGGCUUUUUUAAUAGUUUUGUGCAUAACUCAGUGAAGAUUCAUUUCAUAUGACAUGUGACAUGCAAAUUUGUAAGCGCAAUGUUUCCUGAAUUGUACAAAAAUGAAGAAAGUCUAAAAACUGUACGCAUAGAAAACACUUUAUUCAGGUGUCAUUUCCUUCCUUGAGAACAUUAAGAUAAUAAGUUCAGAACUGCUAGAUAAAUUACUCCUUUUGACAAAAAGCAAUUAUCCUUUUGAAUAUUUUGUUGUGGUAGGUAGACAGUCUUUGGAGUGACAAGAACCAUGUAUAUAAAAAGCUAAAUACCGUCCCAGGCCAUUACUAACUACUUGAACCACAUGACUGAGUUAACAUUUUUAAUUCAUAUAGGGUUGGCCUGGAUCCUUCCCAUGCCAAAUCAUUAUAAUCAUGCAAGUAAUGGUGACUGUAUGAUAUACAUUACAAAAGCUUACUAAAUAGCAAGGACACAGAUAGAUAUAGACAGGUCUCAUCUCACCUUGUUAAGUUAGGGGCGACUAAAUUACUUCAAAGAUAUCCCAGAGCAUUUGCUCUAGACUUGUAUGGCUGACCUAAAGAAUUAGUUCUCAAGUGUGAAGUAAAUGUUUGAUCUGAUGAAUAAAGUUGAAGGAAUUGGACAGCUAGAUGGAAGAGAACCAACAACAGUUUGUAGACUAUUAUUACUGGAGAAUAAUGGUGUGAAAAACUGUUGAUUUUUUGUGAUUAAUUACAUCUUUCAUGGGUUAAUACUGCAAACAUUGCAGAUUGUACCAUCUAAGGGGUUUCGUGUUAGAAGAUUGAAUUGAGAUUUAUUGCUUAAAUAAUAAUUUUUUUUAGAUUUUUGGCAGAGUAAAAGUGUUCAGUCUGAUGAUGAAAAUUUAAAACUUUUUGAUGAAUUUUUUUUUUUUUUUUUUUUUUUUUUUUUUUUUUUACAAAAUUGACUAGAAGUACAGGAGCUAGAUUCAUAAAUCAUAUUAUUUAGAUAUAACUCUGUCUGUAGAUGUCAGCAGUUCAUUUCUUUCUUUGCAUUAGAAUGGAUAAUAGUAAGAUGAGUUUCAUUUUAACGGAAAUAUUUAGACAUUGAUUCGGUAGCACAUUUUAGGUACUAAAAGUUCAUUAGUGCUUUAUAUCAUUUUAGUGUGUAGUAUUCAUAAGAUAAAAUUACUGAUUUUUUUAUAUUUUGUAAUGAUGUACAAAGUAAAGCCUUUUAGUGUGUACAGUGUAUGGAUUGUUGAUACCCUGUUAGUACUUUUAUAGCAUAGUAGUAUAUCACGUAGUUUAAGGUAUGUGACUGUUUGUUUUACAGUCUUUGCAAUGCAUCAAUGCAAUGUUGUAUAUUUCUCCUUUCCAUAGAAAUGGGGAGAUAUAUUAAAUGUUUAUUGUUUAGAGAAGUUUUUAUAAUAAUUAUCAAUUGUAAAAGCAUGGAGAUUAAUAUUUCAAAGACUUUUUGCUAAAAUUUAGGGUUAAAAUUAAAAGUUUGGUAUUUCUUGCUGUUCAGCUGAACAUAAAGUACUCUUCUUUGAAAGUGGUUUGAUAUAUUAGAGUACUGUACCGUAAUUUGUAAGUUUGUCUUUGCUGUUUUUGUCUCCCUGUCUUUAGGUCAGUUAGUAAGCUUCCUGAAUGCUGAAGUGCUUUCAUUUGCUUAAUGUAAACCUGCCUUUUUCAGAAUUUAAUUAGAUAUUUUUUUUUUUAUUAUUAAUUUAAAGGAAGUCUUGAAUGUCACAGAGUGAUGGAAUUAGCAGAACACUGGACUAGUAUGCAUUUAUUUUUCAUUGUGUCAUUUUGGUUUUGUUAAUAAAGUUUGUAAGAUAAGACGUACCAUAUAUUGGUUCUGAACUGUGCAUUUUUUUUAUUGAGUUCUAACAGAAAAUAUGAAAACACAAGAAUACAGAUGUUGUAGGAAGUGUAUUUUUGCAUUCUAGAAUUUUUGUAUAGUAAUAUUAAGGUCAAUAAAAUAUAUGGAUUGGG